AACUUCAGCAACCGGGCACAUUUGUGUUAAAUUUUGUCGAUCAUACAUGAUAUUAUUUCACUGGUGUUGGCCGCCAUCAUAGUGGCUUGGCUGUUUUGCUGUGAACAAGAACAAACCCGCAUUUACACAAAGAGCUCAAGAAACAAUAAUCUUUUAUGUUGUGUGGUAUUAAACAAAAAAAAUUAUCGAGAGAAAAAAAUCCGAGAACAUUUUUGUCAUUAAUUGUGCGCGUUUUUUAACCUCAUGUUUCGUUUUAUUGUAAAGAAAAUAUUGUUGAUCCCAUUCGAUUCGGAAUUGAUUCGAGGACUUUGUGUUUGAAUAUCUCGUAAAUGUUUUGGUGAACAAAAGAACUUAGAACCGCGGACUAACAGAAGGCGAAACAUAUUGCAAUGUGAUGUAUUUGAAGCGGAAUUGAAUCGGUUGAAUUUAAAUAUUGGAAUGAAACUAUCUACGGUCUUGCAAACAUAAACAUUAAAUUAAACAAUUUUUGUGAUAAAAUUAAAUUAGAAGCAAACAUAAGUGUUUUUUCUCAUCGUUCUGCUAAAAGCAGCCAAACAUCAUCGAAGACAUAACACAACAUUCUGGAUAUAAACUUGAAGUGGUCUACAGAGAGUGACGAGACGAAAAAAAAAAAAUUUGAGUAAACGAAUAACAGUUAAACGAACAAUUUAAGUGCGAAGAAGUGUAAUACAAGAACAGAAGCUAUUUAUGUGAUUAAAUCUCCGAUUAAAAUUAAAAAUAUUUUCGAAAAAGUGUUCAAAUGUUGAGUUCGAUUGAAUUAAAUAAAACAUGGCCGCAUCUCCAACACCAUCUCUAGAGUCACUACGUGGUGCUAAUUCAAUUGGUUCAUUCGGCGAACCGAACGAUUAUCUGUCCGAUUCACCCCUAACAUUAAGUGGUUCAUCACCGCCAGUGAGUGAUUCGGCUAUUUGUGACGAUUUCAGCAGUGGUAUAGUCAGUAGCCUAGACUCGCAGACAUCGCAAGGCUCCGGAACGGGCGGUCCACGUUGUACUGGCUGCAAAAGUAAACAAUCUGAUGCUGUGGCCAAGUGCAUCGAAUGUGCAAAUUAUUUGUGUUCAAAUUGUGUAACGGCUCAUCAAUUUAUGCAUUGCUUUGAAGGACAUAGUGUGUUGCGAAUUAACGAGAACGGUAGUAGUGGACAAAGUAAAAUUAUGAAUGGGUUUGAAUCGAGCCGUCUGAACUUAAAGGACGAGCUAUCAACGGCCACAUCGGUUGCUGCCAAAUUGAAUAUGUGUAGCCUCAUAUCGCCGCCGACAAUUGGUGGUCUGACCAACAACAUCAUUGGAAAUUCAAUUGAAACGAAUGGGUCAUCGUUGAAGUCGAGCAGCAACUACUGGUGCACUCGCCACAAAAGUGAAUUGCUGAAAUUUUUUUGUCGCACCUGUAGCAUCACGGUCUGCAAAGACUGCAUCGCUGCCGACCAUCCAGCUGUGCUACACGAAUGCGAACACGUAAACGAUGCCACACCGAAAAUGAUCGAAAAUUUGCUUCAAAUUGUGUCCGAAGUUCGAGGCAAAGCCAACGAUUUACGAUCCGUCAUAAAGAAUUGUGAGAACAACGCUCAACGCAUACAGAUUCAGUUUAAUAAAGCACAAAACGAAAUUAACGAAACCUACCAGUUCUACAUCUCCAUGUUGGAGGAGCGCAAACAAGAACUGCUAAAGGAACUGGAAAAUUCGUACAACGCUAAAAAUUUGUCACAAUCGUUGCUGGUAAACAAAUCUCAAGAUCAUGUUGAUAAAGUCGUCCAAGCAUGUGAAUUUGUCGAACGCAUCACUAAACAUGCCGGGCUUGCCGAGGCAAUGAUGCUGCGUAAACUGAUGGAAAACAAAAAUCAAUCGUUCAUUCCAUUCAUUCAAGAGCUUCAAUCGUCGUACGAAUUAGACUUUGUCUCCAACUAUCAAGCCAUUCAAGUGGGUGUGCGCAACACAUUCGGAUACAUUCGAUCGAGCCCGGAAAUUCCUACCAAACAACCACCAAUCGCUCGACCAACGAUCAACAAUCUUUUGACAAAUGGCAGUAGCCCGUCCAGCAGUACAGGUAGUCUGAAUGCACAACAAAGUCAAUUAAUUAAUGGCUGCCAUCAAUCGCAAAAUUCCCAAUCGUCGAACAAUGUCACAACGAUUGCAACCAGUUUAAUUGAACGUCCCUACUCCAAUGGAUCAUCAUCGAUUUGCACUCAAUCGUCCCAGCCAUCACUCUCAACAUUUGACUCGAACAUAAUAUCGAAAAGAUUCAACGGUGCCAACAGUCUCGGUCCAUUUGUGGCUGAAGUCAAUCUCCAGGUCAAUCCCUAUGAAAAGUGGAGUAACGGCGGCUCAGACAAUAUUUUUAACAAUAUCUCCGAUCAAUACACUAUUCCGUCAACCAAUGGCCAAACCGACAGUAUGAUCGAUUACACAUCGAAGUUAAUGCAAACGUCAAUCUUUCCACCAAAGUCACAAAUCAAACGACAGAAAAUGAUCUAUCACUGCAAAUUCGGCGAAUUCGGUGUUAUGGAAGGCCAAUUCACUGAACCGAGUGGCGUGGCUGUCAAUGCACAAAACGACAUAAUUGUAGCCGAUACGAACAAUCAUCGAAUUCAGAUAUUCGACAAGGAAGGACGCUUCAAAUUCCAAUUCGGCGAAUGUGGCAAACGCGACAGUCAACUCUUGUAUCCGAAUCGUGUGGCCGUUGUCCGAACAUCCGGCGAUAUCAUUGUGACCGAACGCUCUCCGACUCAUCAAAUUCAGAUCUACAAUCAGUACGGGCAAUUCGUGCGUAAAUUUGGUGCCAAUAUCUUGCAACAUCCGCGCGGUGUCACCGUCGACAAUAAAGGUCACAUCAUCGUGGUCGAAUGCAAAGUGAUGCGUGUCAUUAUCUUCGAUCAGACCGGCAAUGUGCUGCAAAAGUUCGGCUGCAGCAAGCAUCUGGAAUUCCCGAACGGUGUGGUGGUGAAUGAUAAGCAAGAGAUUUUCAUCAGUGACAAUCGGGCCCAUUGCGUCAAAGUGUUCAGCUACGAGGGCGUUUAUUUGCGUCAAAUCGGCGGCGAAGGUAUCACCAACUAUCCGAUCGGUGUCGGAAUCAAUGCAGCUGGCGAAAUUUUAAUUGCCGACAAUCAUAACAACUUUAAUUUAACGAUUUUCACGCAAGAUGGUCAAUUGGUUUCGGCGCUGGAGAGUAAGGUGAAACAUGCCCAAUGCUUCGAUGUGGCACUGAUGGAUGAUGGCAGCGUUGUUCUGGCCAGCAAGGAUUAUCGACUCUACAUAUACAGAUAUGUGCAAGUACCAUUGCUUUAAAUAUUGAAUGUUUUUUUAAUGAUUAUUAUGAUUAUUAAAUUAGUAAUUAAGGAAAGUUUUUUACAUUCAUGCAACUGAUGAAAACAUGAAGAAACAAACAAAAAAUAUCUUUUUUCGAUCGAAUAAUCAUUUGUCAUCCUAUUUUUUAUAAUGUGAAAUUAAAAUUUAAAAAAAAAGGUCUAGUUGUAAGGGAAAAUAUUAAUUAAAAAAGAUGAAAAAUUUUGAGAUGAUGAAAAACAGAAAUGAGUAGCCAGUUUCUCAGCAUUUAA